AAGGGGGCUAUAAAAAUCCUGUUGAGCACAGAGACGAGUCGUCACCGUACAAACCCGCCGCUUUCCUGCCGUGAUUCCGGGCUCCAGUUCCUCGGCUGAAGAUGUGGAAGAUAAAGCCUCCGUUGGAGUACGCUAAGGAAGUGAGGUACAGGCCUAUUUUAGAGAGUCUGGCACCCCUGGACCCGAUGACGCUGUUGAAGCUGAACCGGGGGUCCCCGGAGGAGGAGUUCCCCAACCUGAGCAGGAAUAAGACCGUCAUGGCCGCCGUCCUCACGCUCGACAUGUACAAGUGGCAGUACCACAGGGCCACCGACAGCGGCGUCAUCUUCGAUGACGUCAUUCGGCCCGGGCUGGAGGACCCAGGCCAGGCAGCAGGACCUCUCUCUGUGGGCUGUGUAGCCGGAGAUGCCCAGUCCUACAUCCUCUUCUGCAAAUUCUUUGACCGAGUCAUCGAGGCCUACCACGGCUACAAGAUGCCUGGCAACCAAGAGAGCGACUUCAACUAUGACAACCUGAAGGGCGGAGAUGACUUCGACAGCGAGUACGCGGUGGCCUGCGAGGUGCGAGUCAGCCGGUGCGUAGAUGGCUUCUCAUUUCCCACGCACUGCUGCAGAGGGGAGCGCAGAAAGCUCCACACGGUGGCCAAGAAAGUCUUCAGCCAGAUGGCUGAAGAGUUCCCGGGUAAGUUGUAUUCUCUGGGAGAGCUGGAGCAGGGCAUGCUGGGAGAGGGAAUCACCAUGGAGACGGCCACGGACCUGAGGAUGAAGACUGGGGUGGCCAGGGACUGGCCAGAUAGCCGGGCAGUAUGGCUCAAUAAAGAGGGAAACCUGGCGGUGUGGAUUAACAUUGAGGACCAUCUGCAGCUGGUCACAGCGAGGGCAGACUCCAACAUAAAGGAGGCCUUUCAGUGCGUCUGUGUCUACUUACAAAAGCUGGAGGCGCUGUACAGGAAGAUGAGGCACUCAUUUGUAUGGAAGCAUCACCUGGGCUGGGUGGUGAGCUCACCCGCGCAGGUGGGCACGGGGCUGCGUGCCAGUGUUCACCUGAAGCUGAAGCACCUGCCACUCCACACACGACUGGCUGACAUCCUGCAGAGACUGCGCCUCCACAUGGAACCUGCCGGCUCCAGCGCGGUCUUCAGGGUCUCCAACGCGCACACCAUCGGCUUCACGGAGGUGGAGCUGGUGCAGAUGCUGGUGGACGGAGUGAAGCUGCUGGUGGUGAUGGAGCGGACCCUGGAGGACCCGGACGGCAGCAUCCAUCACCUGGUGCCAGCGCAAAAGUGAGCGGGACGGGCAGCGCGCUUACCUGCUGCUGCUGCUCCCGCUGUGAGUGGCAGGGCUGCAGGACACCCGGGUCACAUACUGGGACACCCUUCACACUACUGGGACGGUCCCAUAGAUAACUGGCCAUUAUAAAGGAGCUUCUACAUUGUACAUUGUAUGGUUUGGUCAGUAAGAUGUUUUGUGGGAUAUACAGGACUGUUUUCAGAUUUCAGUAGCAUCUAUAGUCGAGUCGGGUUAAGUAUAUGACAGGGCUGGUGUAUGUAGGGUGAAGCUGGUUUUAUGGGCAUUUGAAUGCGCAACAAGGGAAAUAGGAGCCAAUUCCUUCGGCCUACGUCCUCAUUUGGGGAAAUGGCAUGCUUUUGUAACCAAAUAUGCUGAUCUGUAAAGUGCUUUGUAGCUAUGUUAAAGGUGCUAUACAAUUAAAGUUUAUUAUUAUUAUUGUCCUUUA